CUUUCGCUCGUGCUCAUCUCACGCGAGCCAGCCUCGUCAGCUCAGGGGCGCGUGCCACAUCUGAAGCGGAGGGGACAGCUCCCAGGUGCUGAAAUUGGUCGGCGCUCCAAAGAGAGAGAGAGAGAGCGAGAGAGAGAGAAAACCAACGCCUGCUUUAGACACAAAUAUAUAUAAAGCGUAUUCUGCAAAACAGGGGGCAGAUACAGAUAGAGCCGAGGCCUUCAAAUCAGAUGGCUGCUACUCAGGAUGUGAAAGGGAAGGGCGAAGGAGGGGACCAAAACUUUGACUACAUGUUCAAGCUGCUGAUCAUCGGCAACAGCAGCGUGGGCAAAACGUCUUUCCUGUUCCGCUACGCCGAUGACGCCUUCACUUCGGCCUUCGUCAGCACAGUGGGCAUUGACUUCAAAGUGAAGACCGUGUACAAGAAUGACAAGAGGAUCAAACUGCAGAUCUGGGACACAGCUGGCCAGGAGCGCUACAGGACCAUCACCACUGCCUACUACCGCGGGGCCAUGGGCUUCAUCCUAAUGUACGAUAUCACCAACGAGGAGUCCUUCGGCGCUGUGCAGGACUGGUCAACUCAGAUAAAAACUUACUCAUGGGAUAAUGCACAGGUGGUUCUGGCUGGAAAUAAGUGUGAUAUGGAAGAGGAGAGAGUGGUCUCAGUGGAUAGUGGCAGACUGCUGGCAGAACAGUUAGGUUUUGAGUUCUUUGAGACCAGCGCCAAGGACAACGUCAAUGUGAAGCAGACCUUUGAACGUCUCGUCGACCUAAUUUGCGACAAGAUGUCCGAGAGCUUGGACACUGAUCCGGCCGUCACCACAGGAGCUCCCACUGCCAAACUGACGGACAGUGCUCCGCCCCUCCAGCAGCCUGGAUGCAACUGUUAGUGACUGAUGUCAGGAAGGAAAGAGAGGGCAGCGCAGGUCCUGUAAGGUGGUAGAGUGUGCACAGUUUUGUUCUCCCCCCCAGCAUUAUAACUCCUGCUAGUGCCGCUUUCUCUGGACUACAGUUCAAACCAUGUUUAGUAGUAGAAUUACAGAAUCCAGUCGUAUUAUCUCUCAACUUUAUCACCUUAUAUCAAGAGCAAAUAACCAGACAAACAGACAUGGCUAGUGUAGGAUGUGUCACAUUACAGGAUAUCUAGAAUAUAGAGACACCAUAUUCUCAUUCUUCAGCUAGUUAGUAUGGUUAUGGUUAUAAACCAAGUAUGUUUCUUAAGGCUGGAAAUAGUCCAUAGUCAUGAUGUACAGUUAAUCCUUAAGACCUUUAAAAUCUUUAAGACCUAUAAUAAUUAUAAAAUGAAGGAUAGUCAGUGAGUGCUUUAAUGAUUAUUUUAUUUUUAUUUUUUGUACAGUAUGUAUUUUCCUUUUAUAGGAUUGUUUUGUCUCCUAAAUCUGCCAAAUCGAUGAUUUAGUGCACUAUAGGAUGUAGCGGCUUUCUUUUGUGUAAUGAGUGUGUGGCUGUCGUGUGACUGUACAAUAAGUGAGCGCGCGUUCGCAUGAGUGUGAGGUUUAUGUCUGAGUCAUGAGUCACAAAUGAGUGCAACUUAGUCAUCAAAAAAUCAUCUACCUUGGAUAAAAAAAGUGGCCUUUUAGCAUCUCCAACACGGCCUCUGUAAGUUCCUCCAUCAUGCUUACUUUUAGGAUGAAUCCAGUACAUAUAAUGUUGAUGUGAGUACUAUUCCACGUUUUGCUGUCUGUAGAUGUGUGAUUUCUCUAAUAAGUAUAUCUGUAAAGCAACUAUUUCUAUGUGCUUAGCCUCUAAGAUGACCCUUUAUAGUUUGAUGCGAUGAGCAUGCUGCCUAAAAGUCAAUCAUAUGUACGGUUUUAUCUAAAGAUAGAACCUAACUGUCCUCAAUAAGAUAGCAACAAAUCCAGGAUUUCAUUAAAUAAAAAUCCCACACUGAUAAGGCUCAAUACAGUGUAUGAUAUAAAACAACUGAUCAGCUUUGGCAUGGAAUAACAGCCAUAUAUAUACAAAAUAUUGUUUAACUUUUGAGUCAGCAUGCUAAAUUUUCACGUUCAUGUUAUGAAAUUAAAUCCCUCUUGGAAAAAAAAAUCUCAGCUUAGAAAACAUCAUAGACAUACGGUAGUUUAAAAAUGGGAGACUUCCCCUAGCAGGCAUAUACAGUACUGUUGUGGUCUUAAUGAUAACUUAAGUCCAUAUAGGAUAAAAGUUGUAGCUUAUUUCAGUUCUGUAAUUCAUAGAGAGAGAAAAAACAUUUGUGCCAAAACAUCACAAUUCCUUUAGCAUCGUCAGUUGUUUGUUGCAUAGUUGAAUAAAAGUUCCAAAAAAUUGCAUGACGUCAGUCCUGACUUAUCUAUGUAGAUUUAUAUAAUAAGAUAGUGUAUAUAUAUCGCUCUGUGUUACAGAAUUAGGAGCAUUGUCAUAGCACUCGCUGUGAGAUGCAAUGGGCCAAUAAGUGCAAUAUUUUAUGAAUGAAACCCUGUAUAUAGUUCCUCCUGUCCUCAAGUACAAUGACUCUAUCUGCUGUAUGUGAGUGACAGUCUGGCUCUGAAACUGAUGUACAAGCUCUAAAAAAGGAGUGUGUGCUUUGUUCAGUAACUGCAGCCACUGAAUGUGUGACUUAGUGUGUGUGUAAGCGUGUAUGUGUGUGUGUGUGUGUGUGUGUGUGUGUGUGUGUACCUGCCAUAUUGAACAGACAGAUUACGUAAUAUAGUGUUUUGUUUGUGUAUACCUUUUGUACAAAUGUACUCACGUACUAUAUGCUGUUCCUGCUAACUGUUGGGUGUUGAUUGAACUUGUGUUAUCAUGUCAAAAUGCAGUCUUAUUGUGAAAGAUAGUCAGGGAAAUGACUUAGUCCAUGCCAUAUGCCAUACUGUUGUAAUUCCAAGACAAGGGAUACACAUAAAUACACUAGUUCAAAGACCUUGCGCAUAUGUGUGUACACGUGCUUUGUGCGUGUGCAUCUGUAUAUGUGUGUGAUAUUAUAAUUUAUGCUAAUAGCCAUGAAAUAAAUUAUUGUAUUGAUCUUCAGUCAAGAUUCAUUUAAUAGAGGAAUAGUCACGUGGCAGUUUGGAUGCCCAAACAGUCACUCUGGUCAAGUCUCAUUUUAGAGCAGUAUGACUUUACAUAUAACUGAAUAUAUUUGUUUCUCGGAGUGCAAGCAAACUAAGAAAUAUGUUUUUGAGAUUAUAGGAAAUAAAUCAUAUUCUAUCA